AUGACAACUGGGACAGCGACGAGAAAGACGCCCACGACGCCGACGUUAGCAGCCACAAAAAAUAGGAGGUGCGCCAGUACACAAGCGGCCGCUACGAGCACGCCGACGAGUGGCGAGUCUGUGCCGGCGCCCGUGGAAAAGCAAGAGUUCAAGAGGUCCGACAAGCCGGGGUACCGCCCACGCGGGUUACCUCCGCCGCGGCAUGCCGAACGCAUCUAUAUACACAACCACAUGGUGGAAAAUUAUACGGUGUUCUCUAUGAACCCUCAUUUAAAUCCCACAAAAGCAUUCCGUCAGUUCGCCUACACCGGCAAGAAGCUCGUCCCCGCCAAGCUGCGAAGGGACUACUGGAACCCGCUGGCCGUUAUCGAGUUCGAGGAAGGUCGCGGCGACAUUGGCCGCAGCGUGUACCAAAAGCUGCGAGAGUUCCAGAAGCGUCAUCAACUCGAAUGGGAAGACCCGGCGCUGCUAGCCAUGAGCCGCGAAGAGCGUGGUCACGCCCUCAACGACCAGCGGGCCAAUUGUAUCGCAGACUUGGCUGCGGUCCUGGCCGGUGCUGGCAAAGCCAACCGCAUGGCUCCCGUCGACGCAAACGCCCCCGCAGAUGACCCGGAGGAUCAUAGCCCUGCCAGCGGGCACGGCCGUGCAUUGGCGACGAUCGAGCUGGUCAAGGACGGCGUGUCUCAAAUAGUCAGGGGCGUCCCGCUCAACGGGGCGACCGUGUACUGGGCCAACGAGCAGGACAAGUACUUCGCGUCGGAGUGGACGGAUAACGUGACGCACGUCAUUGGGCUGCCAGUCAAGACGCCAAAGAGACACGUCGUGGCGGCUGCAGCGGCGGCGGAGAAGGCUGCUAAAGAAGCAGCUGCAGCUCAGGAAGGAGAGAAGGAGACGGCCGUUGCGGAGGGCCAGGAAGCGACUGUGGAGAGUCAAGCAGCUGCAGAGGCAAAGCCCGAUGCGGCGGCCGACGCCAGUGAGAUUAAGCCCGAAGCGGGAGCUGAAGCCACGAAGAAAGAAUAA